ACUGUCGGAAAAACACGUUCAACAGCGCGAUAAAUCGCGACAACUCAUCACCAAGUCAAUACUCCAUUGUGAGCGGUCUGGUGCAGCUUAAUAUCGUCAACCGUAUAUCUGAGCGAGUGUAUUUUAUUUGCGAUUAGUGGGUUUCGAUGUGGUAUCAAUAAAACUGGUAAAAUGGCAGAGAUCAACGGUUCACAAUAUUCGACAUGGGUUGGACUAAUUUAUGUCUUCAAUCUCAUCGUUGGAACAGGUGCUCUAGCCCUUCCAGCUGCAUUCAGUCAAGCAGGAUGGUUUCUUGGUACCAUAAUUGUGAUAAUAUUAGCUUUAAUAAGUUUUAUCACCGUUACAUAUGUGGUAGAAACAAUGGCUUGUGCUAAUGCUAUUUUUACUUGGAGGAAAAUUCAGCAGCGCAAAAACGUAGGUCUCAUUUCUGACUCAGACUCAGAAUUCAAUGUACAGCAAGCCCAGGGUGAGUCCUGUCCAUCUAAUUCUGAUUCUGAAGACACUCCUUUAGUAACACCUGCUCCAAAAAGUCCAGAGCAUACAGAAAGAUCUCACUAUUAUGCUAUACAAGAUAAAAUUGAAAUGGGAGAAAUGGCUUCCAUUUUUUUCAGUAAAGCAGGAGUUACAGCAUUUUACAUCUGUUUAUCAGUUUAUCUUUAUGGUGAUUUAAGCAUUUACGGAAUAGCGAUUGCCAAGUCAUUAGCUGAUGUUGCCUGUACCUAUACUCUGCAAAAUUUUACUUGCAAUGGAACUAUUCCAGAAGAUCAACUUUGUUGGGCAUCGUUUGGUUUUAGUUGACUAGAUGUUUACAGAGUAUUUUUGACUUUAUUUGUUUUGACAUUGGGUCCAUUUGCAUUUUUCAAUGUACAGAAAACAAAAUAUUUACAAAUUUUCACAUCAGUAACGAGGUGGUUAGCAUUUAUAAUAAUGAUUGCAUAUGCAGUAAGAAAACUAAUAGUUGAUGGACCAAAAGGAAAACCAUCUAUGUCAAAUUCACUCGAUGAAACCACCGCUACAAAUAGUUUUGCUAUGUACAAAACCCAUAGACAUCGAAUGAUUAUCAAAUUUUUCCGGUUUUACUCGAUGAAAGUUAAAAUUUUACCUGCUCUUCAAGACAACUUUAUGUAUCUUAUCAUUGAUGAGGAUACCAAUGAAGCAGCAGUUGUUGAUCCAGUAGCUCCAGAUACUGUCUUAGCUGCUGUUAGAGAAAAUAAUUGCAAAUUAACAAAAGUACUAACAACUCAUCAUCAUUUGGAUCAUGAUGGUGGAAAUGAAAGCAUAAUUUGUUCUAAACCAGAUUUACAAGUUUAUGGAGGUGAUGAUAGAAUCAAAGCUUUAACAUGUAAAGUUGGUGAUGGAAGUAUUAUUAAUAUGGGAAGUUUAAAAAUUGAAUGUCUGCAUACACCUUGUCAUACUCGUGGUCACAUAUGUUAUUAUGUGACAAAAAGUUGUUCAGAACCAGCAGUUUUCACUGGUGACACUCUAUUCAGUGGAGGUUGUGGAAGAUUUUUUGAAGGAACUGCAGAUCAAAUGCAUCAUGCUUUAAAUGAAAUUUUGGCAAAACUACCAGAUGAAACGAAAGUUUAUUGUGGACACGAAUAUACCAUUAGCAACCUUAAAUUUGGCUUACACGUGGAACCAAACAAUCAAGCAAUGAAAAAACGAAUAGAUUGGGCUUGUUGUCGCCGUAAAAAUAAUCUUCCAACCAUUCCGAGUACAAUUGGUGAAGAAAAAUUAAUCAAUCCAUUCAUGAGAGUUUGUGAACCAUCUGUUAAGGAACACACAAAAAAAUGUAAUCCAGUAGAAGUUAUGGCAUGUUUAAGAGCUGAGAAGGAUUGUUUUAAAGCUUAAGCACUUGCUUUUAAAAUUUUUUUUUAUAGUGAUUUAUAACAAAUAUAUAUUUGUAUUUUUUAUUCUGUUAAAUUAGUUCUACAAAACUAAUGGUAUAAAAAUUAAAAAUGUAAUUGUAUUAAUAAAAUUGAGGUAUUUAAUAUU